UCUCUCUCACACACUCUUUGGGAGGUGCUCUAAUCUACUGUUUGACUGCCUUCAUAUCUCCGCUUCCUAGAUCUUGACUUCUUACCUGUAAAAGUCGCUCGUCCUGAUCUCCCUUUACUCACGUUCCCAACGGGCGUGUUCUCAGCAUCAUUUCCUAUUGUUUGUUUCAUCUCUAGCACAAGGCAUCCAUCAUGAGGGUGCCAAUAAUCAACGCGGCGGCUCUCCUGCUGUCAUCUGCAACAUCUGUGUUGGCUCAGACAUUUUCCGACUGCAACCCUUUAGGCAAAACAUGCCCCCCCAAACCUGCAUAUGGUACAUCGGGUACUUUUGACUUCACCCAGGGUCAAGCAAAUGACUUUGCAGAUGUCGGAGGUCCCACGUAUGGUAGCGAUGGCGUCGAGUUCACAGUGGCCAAACAGGGCGAUGCCCCGUUAAUACAGUCUGGCUGGUACAUCAUGUUCGGACAUGUCGAGUUCGUGAUCAAGGCUGCCCCAGGGACGGGUAUCGUUAGCAGUGCUGUUCUACAGUCAGACGACUUGGACGAAAUUGAUUGGGAGUGGCUUGGGGGCAAUAAUGUCUUAGUCCAGUCUAACUACUUCGGAAAGGGAAUUACAGAUAGCUUCAACCGUGGCGCUACCCAUGAUAACGUGGGAAACCACGACAAUUUCCAUACCUACACUAUCGAUUGGACCAGCGAACAGAUCGUUUGGCAAAUCGAUGGUAAGACCGUUCGGGUACUGACUCCGGAUACCGCGGCGACCAAUCAAUAUCCUCAAACACCGAUGAUGGUUAAAGUUGGAGUUUGGGCUGGUGGUGAUCCAAACAACCCGCAGGGUACUAUUGACUGGGCGGGUGGCAAGACUGAUUACAAUGCUGGCCCCUACACGAUGUACUUGAAAUCACUCAAGGUGACCGACUAUUCAACCGGCACAGAGUACUCGUAUGGUGAUCAGAGUGGGUCAUGGCAGUCAAUCAAGUCAACCGGUGGAAAGAUCAAUGGUAAUAUUGCCGCUGAGUCCAUCUCUUCUGUCGAAUCUGCCCCGGCUAUCACCUCCACCGUCGCUAGUAUCCCUAUCCCAUGGAGUGGAACGCACCGCCAAACUUCGAGUUUUGUGACCCCGAGUAUCUGGCCUUGGGUCCCUCGAGCCACUACGGCUACUCCAGGAGAGUCGAGGGGCCAGGGUCCUCUGCCAAGUGGCUGGACAUUUUCUGGCUCUCGACAAGUCCAGCCGCCCAGCGCGGCUUCAGUGAUCCUGUCACCUAUCUACAUUUGUAUCAUCGCGUUUGUCGCCGGGUUCAGUUUCCCUCUCUGGCACUAGAAGCACUGCAUGGACUCUCAGUUCGACGGGGCUUCUCACCAAUUCGCCAA